AUGGUGCAGGAAUUUGAUGCGGGUCUCGUGCUGCACCAGGAGAGGAUUGCAGUGGAGGAUGUGGACACAGCCUUCUCUGUUUAUCGAAAGCUGUUGCCCGUGACAGCCCGGUGUGCGCGAGAGGUGUUCUCAAUGUAUUUCAGUCCAGCUGGCCUCCCAGAAGGCACGGAGCAGAAAGGAGAAAGCUCCUAUCACUUCAGGAAGCUUCCUUUCGAUGGGGUCAUCCAGCCAGAGUGGCCUGACCCACAGGUGGAGCGCUUCAUUCGCGCAAUGUACUUCCCGCCGUUUGAUGGUGCGGCUGCUCUUGUGGAUGGCCAUCGAAUGCUCGUGGACUCCAUGGAGGCCAAAAGAGUAGACGAAGUACUGCCGAAGGGUGUGUGUCUGUGUGUCACACAUGAGUAG